GCCAUAGAGACCCACUAAACCUCUCCCUCCACCUUGGAGACUGAUCUGUGCGUGCGGGGCAUCCCCGGCCACGGAACGGCCCUCAAUGUUGAAGAACCUACUCCCGAUACUCCGUACUUUGGUCUGAGUACCCACCAGGCUUCCGGCUCUGACGUUCUUCAAUCGGCUCCGUUUUAUCAAGUUCUUUGAUCUUGGAACUGGUUCUAAGAUAUCCUAUCGAGAAACCUUCUAAGCGCCCCAGUCAUCCACUACCAUAAGGAGUCACGCAUUGGUGGUUUUUUGCCCAAACGGAACUCGAGAAACAUUGGCCUGGAGCUAUGGCCACUGCCCGCAAACGCCAUAACUAAAUCGUAGCUUACAUCAAAGUGCAAAUGCGGCGACCCGAUGGCCGAAGCCCUUACCAUAAUAGAGGUCGCCCUCUGCAUCACCGAAGUAGUCGAACGCCUCUGCAAAUACGUCUCAGCAGUUAAAACCGCCAAAGAUGACAUCCGCAAACUCACCCAGGAGCUCCUCGCCCUCAAAGGCGCAAUGGACCACUUCCACGUCCAAAAUGAGCGUAGUCCGGAUAAUCCUCUACAUGAGCAGGCCCGCGCCAUGCUCAAGAUGACCCAGGAGACCCUCGACGCCAUACGGAAGAAGCUCGGCACGCCAAAGACGUCAUCACUAGGUCGCGCGGUCCAGGGGUUGGCCUGGCCUUUUCGGCAGGGUGAUAUUGAGACGUAUUUUGCUACCAUCGAGAGGGCCAAGACGUGGUUUAUCAUGGUUCUUAUGAGGGACUCUCUUGAUACUACCGCGUCUGUGCUUUCUGAGAUGCAGAAGCUGACAGCGCUUGUGCAUGAAGACAUUCUUGCGCGCAAGACGGAUCAGAUGCUUGAGGAGACGGCUGAUUUGCUCAAGUGGCUUUCGCCCGUCGACAGUGAGAACAAGCUUGUCAGUUCUAGGCAAGAUCGUGCGCCUGGGACAGGUAGAUGGAUACUCGAUAUUAAUUUCCUGGAAUGGCAAAGGACAAGUAAGACGAAGCGGCCAGUCUUCUGGAUCACUGGACGGUCGGGAUCAGGUAAAACAGUGCUUUUCUCACAACUCGUCGAAGACCUGAGAACACAUCCCGGCGACGAGGUCACAGAUGAGAGCGACAACAUAGGCGUUGGUUUCCACUGCUGCUCCUUGGAUGAUGCGGCAUCCCAAGCGGUUCCGAAUGUCUUUGGCUCCAUUCUGGCCCAGAUAGGGACGACGAACCCAGGUAUCCUCGACCAUGUCCGGCCGCUGAGAAAAUCUGGGAACUCUCUAAUUCCGCAGAACAACUUGACUGUAGAGCAGAUCUACGAAGUCCUGGGUGAAGCUCUCGAGCUAUAUGAUGUCUUUUAUCUCAUGAUUGACGCUCUCAACGAGACUAGCCACGAAUCUGUCAUUGUCCAGGCCCUUCUGCACCUCUGCUCGAAGCACCCCAACCUACGGGUGUUGGUUACGUGUACGCGAGAACCGGUGCAGCCUGAUCCUAGCAUCUACGUUCGGCAUAUGAGUACACGGUCCAUUGACAGUGAUAUUGAGGUGUAUGUGGAGAACCGGCUUUCGACCGAGCACAGCUUCCAGUCCUUGAGCGACAAGAUCCGAGGCGAGAUCAAAGAAAAAGUCGUGUCAGAAGCGGACGGGACGUUCCGAUGGGCCAAAUUGUGCAUGGAUAGGCUUAGCACGCUUCGUACCGGAAGAGAUGUGCGACGAGUUCUGGUCGAUAUCCCGUCCACACUCAACGGCUUCUACGCCGGCAUCCUCACACGUGUACCGGAACAAGACCGGACCAUCGCUCGCGAGGCUCUCGCCUGGCUAUGCUUCUCUCUCCGACCUCUCCGCCUCAAGGAGCUCGCCGAAGCCAUCGUCCUCGAAGAUGACGACGUGGACAUGGACGACGAUAGCCGACUCACCGACCCCUCUGUCAUUCUCGAAAUCUGCCAGGAUCUAGCCCACGCAAGAGACCACUACGUCACGCUCGCUCACGACUCUAUCCGCACCUUCUUGCAAUCAGAAUGGAUACAAACCUCGAGUGCCUCAGAGUAUGCGCUAGACGCAGACGCCUGCCACCAAAGAAUCAUGCGCAAGUGCCUCACCUACCUCAAACUCAAGCGUUUUGCUUCGGGACCCGUGAGCAAGAAACGGUUCAUAGACGCCAGAUUCGCAGCGUAUCCGCUCCUCAACUACGCCACAGACAUGUGGCCCAUCCACUCCGAGCGCUUCCCCCUCGCGGACGAGGAUGAGAAGCUCAUUCUGGACUUCUUCGACACCAAGAAGCAGUCUCACGGCGGGCCCUUUGAGGCGUGGGUGCAGUUCGUGCUGCGCACGGCGGAUCUAGACGCCAUCUGGGACACGGAGCCGCUCUACUACGCCGCGUCGUUCAAUAUGAUAUCCGUCCUGCAGUUGAUACUGAGACCAGAGUACAACAUCGACGUCAAUAAGAGAGGUGGGCGGUUCUCUUCGCCCCCGCUGUUUGUGGCGCUCUGGAGGGAUAAUGUCGAGGCUGCUAUGUUGUUGGUCAAGGCCGGGGCAGAUCCGGAUAUGCGGGAUACGAGCGGGCAAACUAGUCGGCGUUUGGCCAAGAGCCGAAAGCACCACGACGUUGUCAACCUCAUGAAUGAGAUGACUCCAUCGGAGACUUUAGAUAAGCAGGCGUCCAGCUAUGCUCUCGCACAAGCGAGACUGAGAAGCUAUAGAGAUGGAGAGUCCUAGGAGACUUGAUGCUAUAGGAGAAUAGGCCCCCUACCAGGAAUCGUUGAUUAUUGAACAAAGACAACCUGAGAUUCCCGGGCAAGGAUGAAUCGGUCAUUCCAAGGCAGUUCAAGGUUCUGCACAGUCUUCCCAAGCCACACUUUUUCAGCUGGAACAGUGUCCAUAAGGCAUGUGGUACGAGUAUUUGGACACGGAAGUCCACCUUUGAUUGGGGGCCAUAGCUUGAGGGGGAAUAUCACAAGACUUGAUGAGAGGUGGUGAUGCAAUGUGGUGGUGAAAGGCGACGCACCGCCACACCGAAGCCAGUGGAAGGUGAGAGGUGCUUAAAGGUGGAGAAUCCACCUUAAUGCGGUUGUUGUGGCGGUGUUCGGCAUGAUACACUCUAUGAUUACUAAGCCGGAAAUCAACCCCCCACUAAGGUACAAACGUCACGUC